AUCCACUUGGCUGGGUCCUCCAACCGGGUCGGGGCCCUCAGGGCACAAGCUCGCUCUCUUGGAGGCAGUUCAUCAAUUGGAAAUGCUCUAACGCCUUUCAACUACAGGUCAUAUUUAACUUGGCAGCUUAUGCUCAGGCCAUUUCCUAUCUGAACCAGUCUCAUCUCGACUCUGCCAUCGCCCACGAUGGGAGCUUCUGUUGCACCGUCGCCCCACGGGCUGACUCUCGACGAGUCGCAGCCUGCCGUCAUAGAACGAUUCACCAAAAGCGGCCGGAAACUCUACUACAAACUCACCGUCAUUCAGCAACCCGAGCGGGCGAGAGCAUGUGGAUCUGGUCCCAAAUCUUCUGCUGAUCGUCGCCCUGUUGACCCGCCGCCUGUUGUCGAGCUGCGCAUUUUUGAGGGCCAAACUUGGCCAGAGGCGCAGCAAAAAGACAUCACCUUCCUAUACAAUGCCAACUUCUUCCUUUACGCAACACUGGAGCAUGCUCGUGUCAUUGCCCAUGGCCGCGUUCAGACACCCGCUGCGAACCAACCACCCGUCCUGACCGGUAUGCCCGUGUCGGGCAUGGCAUACCUGGAUCGUCCCCUCGAGGCUGGUUAUUUCCUGUUCCCAGAUCUUUCUGUGCGUCAUGAGGGUCGCUAUCGCCUGACCUUCAAUCUCUACGAGGAGACCAAGGAGGACAAGGACAAGGAUCCCGACACUCCGGAUCCCAAGAUCACCAACCCAGGGCUCUCUGUCGCCACUGGUGGUUCCUUUGACUUCCGUAUGGAGGUCAAGUCAUGCGACUUCGUCGUCUUCAGCGCUAAGAAGUUCCCUGGUCUGAGCGAAAGCACUCAGCUUAGCCGAGUUGUGGCGGAGCAAGGGUGCCGAGUCCGCAUUCGACGCGAUGUUCGCAUGCGCCGCCGUGACAGGAAAGCUGGCGGUGAUUAUGAGAACGGUGAAGAUGAUUAUGCGAGGAGGAGGAGGACAGAAACCCCCGAGGCACGGGAUUACCGGGCUCGGUCGUUGAGCGGCAGCGUCGAAAGGACCCCUUACACCGGGGACGCUACACGUCGGCCGUCUGGUGUGGAUUAUGCACCACAUUUCCCAUCACAGUCCACGUCUUCUGGUGGGCAUCUCCAGUUCCUGGGCAAUCCCUCGAACCCGCAGUACCCGCCUCAGUCUCAAUCGUACCCUCAGCCGCCGUCCAUGCCGCCAUCCCCUUCUUAUCAGACCAGCCAAGGACCAGCCUACCCGCACCAGGGAAGCUAUGCCCCACCGCCACAGCCGUCCUACAACCACUUGGACCAAGGCCCGCCUCAGUCGUAUGCUCCGGCCAACCCGUCGCCUCAGCGUGAAUCUGCUUCUUACAAGCGCCCCUCGGAGGAUCUCACCAGGCAUCAACCUUCCCACAUGCGUCCACUCCAUGCUGAAUACUCGGACUUCAACCCGAUAGCACCCGCUCCUCCGGGUUCCAAAGUAAAACUGCCACCGAUUGACAUCCCAAAGACACCGGCUCCUUCGGUGUCUGCUGGGCCAGCACCUUCCCGAAUGAUGCCACCCCUCAUCAGCCCGACCAGUACUGUUCUCCCACAGAUUCUGCCGCACGCCGGCAGCAACGGCCCUCCCGCGCUUGCUCCCUUGAUGGCACCUACUGUUACGGGCUCGAAGCGUACCAGAGACGAGUCUUUCCGUUACGACAACGAAAGCCCUCGUUAUCACAAUGGCGCCCGUGAGAAUAUUCGGGAAGUUGAAAGUGACGAAGGGCCGUUGAUCUAUGUACGUGCCGACGGAUCCAAGAUCGUCAGCCAUCACGUUGGUUGAUUCGGAGUUUUGGCGCUCUCGAAGCGCGCGGUUUUGGGGUGUCACUAGGCUGCGUAUGUUUGGUCUGAAGACCAUGUACAUAUUGUGCUGCCUGUUCGCCAACAGGCGAGGCCUACACUCACUUACACACAUUUCUUUGCAAGUUACACAUCGAUUCUUUCUGUAUUCCUUACUAGAAGCGGAUAACGCUUAGGGGGGACGUAGGGGUUUGCAAAGCAUAGGUUUCCAUUUGGACAUCAGGCAACAAGCAGCUCCUACAAUAGGGAAUUGCGACCGGCAUGUAUUUUAGUGCAACAAUCUUGUAUGGCUCGGGAAGGUCUAAAGGUUCGAGUAGCAGAUAGCUGCCAAAUAUAUCGGUUUGACUCA